GAGGGCUAAGACACCCAGGAAACCUGUGUUGAAAAAAGGAUCCCAGACGAACCUUAAGGACCCAGUUGGGGUGUACUGCAGGGUGCGCCCUCUGACCUUUCCUGACCAGGAGUGUUGCAUAGAGGUGAUCAAUAACACCACAGUGCAGCUUCACAUGCCGGAGGGCUACAGGCUCAACCGGAAUGGAGACUACAAGGAGACCCAGUACUCAUUUAAGCAGGUGUUUGGCCCUCACACCACCCAGAAGGAGCUCUUUGAUGCUGUGGCCAGUCUCUUGGUCGAUGACCUCAUUCAUGGCAAAAAUGGUUUUUAAAUCGAAUGAUAGAAACAGUAUGGAUAUACAGUGUGAGGUUGACGCCUUAUUAGAACGUCAGAAGAGAGAAGCCAUACCCACUCCAAAGACUCCUGCCAGCAAGCGACCAGUAGAUCCAGAGUUUGCAGAUAUGAUAACUGUACAGGAAUUCUGCAAAGCCGAAGAGGUUGAUGAAGACAGUGUCUAUGGUGUAUUUGUCUCUUAUAUUGAAAUAUAUAAUAACUAUAUCUACGAUCUAUUGGAAGAGGUGCCGUUUGAUCCCAUAAAACCCAAACCUCCACAAUCGAAAUUGCUUCGUGAAGAUAAGAACCAUAACAUGUAUGUGGCAGGCUGUACAGAAGUAGAGGUGAAGUCUACCGAGGAGGCUUUCGAAGUUUUCUGGAGAGGCCAGAAAAAGAGGCGUAUUGCUAACACCCACCUGAACCGGGAGUCCAGCCGUUCCCAUAGCGUGUUCAACAUUAAAUUAGUUCAGGCCCCCUUAGAUGCAGAUGGAGACAAUGUCUUACAGGAAAAAGAACAAAUCACUAUCAGCCAGUUGUCUUUGGUAGAUCUUGCUGGAAGUGAAAGAACGAACCGGACCCGAGCAGAAGGGAGCCGACUGCGUGAAGCAGGUAACAUUAACCAGUCGCUCAUGACGCUGAGAACGUGUAUGGACGUCCUGAGAGAGAACCAGUUAUAUGGAACUAACAAGAUGGUUCCGUAUCGAGACUCCAAGUUGACCCAUCUGUUCAAGAACUACUUUGACGGCGAAGGAAAAGUGCGCAUGAUCGUGUGUGUGAACCCAAAGGCAGAAGACUAUGAAGAGAGUUUGCAAGUCAUGAGGUUUGCAGAAGUGACUCAGGAGGUGGAAGUCGCGAGACCCGUAGACAAGGCGAUAUGUGGCUUAACACCUGGGAGGCGGUACCGAAACCAGGCCCGGAUGCCAGUUGGAGAGGAACCGCUGGUUGCCGACAUGGUUUUGCAGAGUUUCCCGCCUUUGCCCUCGUGUGAAAUUUUGGACAUCAAUGAUGAGCUGACGCUCCCACGGCUGAUUGAGGCCUUGGAGAAGCGGCAUCGCCUGCGACAGACGAUGGUGGAGGAGUUUGCCAAGCAGUCCAAUACUUUUAAAGCUCUGUUACAUGAAUUUGACACUGCUGUAUUAAAUAAAGAAAACUACAUUCAAGGAAGACUAAAUGAAAAAGAAAAGGUGAUCUCAGGACAGAAAUUGGAAAUAGAGCGACUGGAAAAGAAAAACAAAACUUUAGAAUAUAAGAUUGAGAUUUUAGAGAAAACCACGACUAUCUAUGAAGAGGACAAACGCAAUCUGCAGCAGGAGCUCGAAACCCAGAAUCAGAAGCUUCAGCGACAGUUUUCUGACAAGCGCAGGCUUGAAGCUCGGCUGCAAGGCAUGGUGACAGAGACGACGAUGAAGUGGGAGAAGGAAUGCGAGCGAAGGGUUGCAGCCAAACAGCUGGAGAUGCAGAAUAAACUCUGGGUCAAAGAUGAGAAACUGAAGCAGCUGAAGGCCAUUGUCACAGAGCCUAAAACCGAGAAGCCGGAGAGGCCCUCUCGGGAGCGGGACCGAGAAAAAGUCUUUCAGAGAUCCGUGUCUCCCCCUCUGGUGCCGCUUUCUAGUAACUCUAUUGCUCAGAUUCCCAACGCCCAGCAACUCAUGAGCCAGCCGCAGCUCCAUAGGCGCUCUAACUCUUGCAGCAGCAUUUCUGUAGCUUCCUGUAUCUCGGAGUGGGAGCAGAAACUUCCUACGUACAACACACCUCUCAAUGUCACAUCUCUUGCGAGGUGUAGGCAGCAGGAGCCAGGACAAAGUAAAACUUGCAUGGUGUCAGACAGAAGGCGAGGGAUGUACUGGACUGAAGGCAGGGAGGUGGUCCCCACCUGCAGAAACGAGAUAGCGCUGGAAGAGGACCGCCGUGGCAGGGGUGAUGUUUAUAAAACAAGGGGUGGUGGACAAUCUGUUCAGUUCACUGAAAUUGAGACUUUAAAACAAGAAUCGCCGAAUGGUAGUCGAAAACGGAGGUCUUCCACGACAGCAGUUGUCCAGCCAGAUGGCACCGAGGCUGAAUGGACGGAUGUGGAAACCAGGUGUUCCGUGGCCGUGGAGAUGAGAGCCGGAUCUCAGCUGGGGCCUGGAUACCAGCAUCACGCCCAGCCCAAGCGUAAGAAGCCAUGAACUGAUGAUCUCAGUAGCAAGAGAGCGUUUUCAUUUGUGUGGGCGAUUUCUCCAAGGCCAAGCCAGGCAGAGUCUUCUGAGUCCCUGUAGGACUUCAGCUUUG